ACUCAAUGGAGCAACACUCUGAGCUGUUCGAAUACACAUCGGGGCGAUGGAUGUCAGUCAACUCCUUCUCGGUCAAAUGUUAACCUUCAUUACUGACUAUGGAUGGAGCUGGAACGACGCCUUGAAGCAUUCAGAAAGGAAACGAAUGUUCAACGUCUCCGAAUUGAAGCGCUUGGCGGCCGCAGCCGUCAAUCGGAGCGUGGAAGAUGUGGCUCGAUUUGAAAAGCUUGGCGAAGGUGGAUUCAAUCGGACGUUCCUGAUUACGAUGCACGAUGGCUUCCAGCUCGUCGGGCGAAUUCCUUAUCCCGUUACCGAGCCGAAGCACCUAGUCGUUGCUAGUGAAGUUGCAACAAUGGACUUUCUACGCAUGAACGGAAUACCUGUUCCUAAGGUCUACAAAUACUCAACCACUCCAGAGAACGCUGCUGGCACCGAAUACAUUUUCAUGGAAUUAGUACGCGGAACGAAUUUGGGCGACAUAUGGUUUGAUUUAUCAGAAAAAGCUAGAAUUACUGUCGUCACUAAACUCGUGGAGUUGGAGUCUCAACUAUUUGCUCUCCCGCUUCCGGCAAGCGGUAGUUUGUACUACACCAAAGAUCUGGACGUGGAAACCAACAAGAUCGAUGUUCCCACCACGGAUCCUUCUUGCCAUAGUCGUUUCUGUGUUGGUCCUGAUACAAGACUUAGCCUAUGGCACGGGAAAAGAUUGAGACUUCAUGUCGAUCGAGGACCAUUCACAGAUUCAGCAGCUGUUCUUGCAGCUGGGGCCAAGAAGGAGAUUGCGUACCUGACAAAAUUUGGCCGACCGCUUCACCCGUUUCAACGUCUGCGUCGAGAGUUAUACAACUAUCAGAAACAAUCGCCUUCCGAGCACCUACACAGUCUAGACAAAUAUCUGCAAGCUGCGCCUUACAUCAUACCGAAAGGCGACGCCUCUCUUACCCGCCCAACGCUACGACAUCCUGACCUUCAACCUAACAACGUGUUCGUUUCAGACAAUCUCAGUAUUACCGGUCUAAUCGACUGGCAACACUGCGCAUCACUUCCACUCUCUCUGCAAUGCGGUAUCCCGAAUAGUCUCCAGAAUUACGGCGAUAGCAUUUCGGAAUCGCUUACCCCACCUGAACUACCACAUAAUUUCGACGAACUGAGUGGAAAAGAACAGUUUGAGCAAGUUGUGCUCCUACGUCGGCGUCAGCUCCACUACUUCUAUGUCGCAGCAACGGCUAAGCUUAACCCGAUGCACUAUGACGCCUUAACCCACGACUUCAGCACGUUGCGACGCAGACUAUUUGAUCACGCAAGUUCUCCAUGGGAAGGCGAUAACGUCACUCUUAAAGCCGACCUGAUUGAAUUGGAGCAGAAAUGGUCCAACAUCACAGCGUCGAGCUCGAGCACGAGCGACGAUGCAAGCCCCCCUUGCCCCAUCAGCUUUUCGGAAGACGAGGUGAAGAGGUGUUUGCAUAUGAACGCUGCGCAGAUUGAGGCAGAUGAGCAGCUUCAAGCUUGUAGGGAUGCCAUUGGCAUCGGGCCAGAAGGGUGGGUGCCCUUGGACCAGUAUGACGAGGUAAAGCAACGUGAAAGUAAGCUCAAGGCCGACGCGCUUGAAGCAGCUGAGUCCGACCAUGAGCGGCUGAUGUUAUACGAGCAUUGGAUAUUCGACGAUUUCGAUGAAGACGAGUAUUCGUAACCGAUUCCUUCACUAGGGUAGAAGAUCGCAAAGGAUUACAAACACAAGGCAGUACAAGAAGAUAGCUACGAUGAGACUACACUGGUGCAUCAAUCAAAACUGUCGCACUGGCUGCGCAAUUCAGGCU